AUGACAAGUGACGAUCACAUUGGACCUGGUAUGCUUUGUUUGGCAGCUGUCCCUACUCUGGUGAUGUUAGGCGGGACGGUUGGAGCGGUCUCCCCGAGUGGUGAAGACCUGCUCACCGUCACCGUGGUGCGGGACGAGCACGGGUAUGGGAUGAAGGUUUCAGGUGACAAUCCGGUGUAUGUCCAAUCUGUAAAGGAGCAUGGAGCGGCGUGGCGCGCUGGUCUUCGGUCGGGGGGAUAG